AUGAGUAAUAUUACUGAUAUAGAUUCUGAAAGUGAUAGUAUUAUAUCACAAGAUAUAACACCUCAAAUUAAUGAACCAGAAGAUACUUCACAAACUAAAAAGAAUAGUAAAUCAUUAGUUUAUACCCAUUUUACUUUAAAUGAAAUAAAUAAUAAAUAUAAUUGUAAUCACUGUGUUAAAAGUUAUAAAGUGCCUAAAGAUGGCUCAACAUCUAGUUUAUGGAAACAUAUUAAAAGUAAACAUAAUGAAUUAUAUUUAGAGGUCAAUCAAAUAACUGAAGCAUUAAAUAAGCUUGAAAUCUCAGAAUCUUUGGCAUUUACUCAAGAAUCAUUUCGUAAUGAUUUAGUAUAUUGGAUUAUUGUUGAUGAUCAGCUAUUUACCGUAGUUCAAAAUACUUUUUUUCAAAAAAUGAUAAUCCGGCUUAAUCCUGAAGCUAUUAUACCAUCAUCAGAUACAAUUCAUAAUGAUAUUAUAAAAAAUUUUGAAGAUGAAAAGGAAUUUCUUAAAAAAAAAUUACAGAUCUUAGGCAUUAGUACUGAUAAUGCAUCUAAUAUGGAUAAAAUGUUUAGUAAAUUUGAAUAUAUGUGUAAUUAUGAGAGUAUUAAAUUUGAUGUUAAAAAUCAACGGGUGCGUUGUUUAGCGCACAUCAUCAAUUUAGCUGCGCAAAAUAUACUAAAGGUAUUAAAAGGAGAAGCUCCUGAAAAUGAAAAUGAAAUUUUACAAGAAAAUAUAAUUUCUAGUAAUUCCUUAGGAGUUGUUGCAAAACCAUUAUAUAAUUUGGCUGCAGCAGAUAAAGAACUUUCUCCAUAUUUAUUAAAUAGUAUAGAAUGGAAUAAACUAAAAAAAAAACAAAGUUUAUUAGAAUGUUUUCAAAAAGCAACAAUUGAAAUGAGUUCUGAAAAAUCUCCUACACUUGGUCAAACAGUACCUAUUUACAAUUAUUUAAUAGAUAAUAUUGAAGAUUUUNGUUUAAUUUUUGUUUAUUUUUUUAUUUUUCGUCAAUAUUUUAUCUAUAAAAAAAAAUUUUGA